AUGGAGCUCUCUGGUACCGCCAUCGUGACAGGUGCAGCAGGAGGAAUUGGACGGGCCAUUGCCCUUCGAUUCGUGGACUUUCGAUGUUCAAGUCUCACGCUCGUGGACCUUGAUGGCAAGGGACUUGAUGAGACAAAGAGACUAAUUCUCGAUAAGAUGCCCUCAGCCACGGUCCUCAUCGUACAAAUGGACUUGACUGAAGAAGAUACGCCUGAGGAAAUCGUCUGGCAAACGGUCGAAAAGUUCAAAACACUUUCCUACUUGGUCAACUGUGCUGGUAUACCCAGCCCUUUCGCGACGUCCCAGGACACCCCAUUGGAUGUGUUUGACAAGGUUCAGUCAGUUAAUGUGCGAGCAACCUGGCGGCUGCAAAGAGCUGCUGUGAAGCAGAUGCUCAAGCAAGAGCUUGUCAAUGGCGACCAGCUAAUAACACCCUGGAAUCUACCUAGACGAGGAUCAAUUAUCAACAUUGGAUCUAUGGUUUCGACCAUCGCGCUACCUCUUCUUGCGCCCUACAUUACCUCUAAACAUGCGAUUCUGGGCCUCACGAGGGCGGAGGCAAUCGACUUUGCCAGGCAGGGAAUUCGCAUCAAUUGCGUCGCGCCGGGUAUAAUAGCCACGGAUCUGGGCCGGGAAACACCCACGGCGAUUGCAAAUAAGCAUUUGACACCCAUUAUCGAAAAAACCCCGAUGGGAAGAGUGGGCAGACCGGAUGAAGUCGCAGACAGUGUAGCCUUCCUAGCGAGUCCCAUGGCAUCCUAUAUCACUGGCUCAAAUUUGGCAGUCGAUGGAGGGUUCACGGCUGCAUAA